AUGCUCGGAGCCGGCGGUCGACUUUUUGUUGCGCUAUUUCUUUUCAGCAGCCUUGAUUUGGCGCUUGGCGGCUGGCAGGAAGUGGCCGUUCAGGGCACAAUCCUGUGCGAUGGCGUGCCCUUCUGGGGUGCCACGGUGAGGUUGAUGGAGCGGGAUCUCGGCAACAUUAUCGACCCCGACGACAUGUACGACGAGACCAGACCGUUUUUACUCGAAAAUCAGAAAUGCCUCUCG